AUACAAUCAUGCAUUCGGAACAAAAAAGAGCUCUAUAUAUUAAUGUUAUGGCCAAAUUUAACACAUCAAGAAAUUAAUCAAUCAUUUCAAAAAAUGAGUUUAAUGAAGCUUAAUCAAGCUACAUUUCUGUUGCUAGUACUAGCAACAAUGCUAGCUUUUGUGAGCUCGGACUUCAGCAAGGACAAGGAUGAAUGUCAACAACAACUAGUCAGUCUUUCAUCUUGCCUCAACUAUGUAACCGGCGAGGUAAAAGCGCCAUCUUCGCAGUGCUGCACGGUCUUGUACAAGAAGCUAAAUAUUACCAAAAAGUGUCUAUGCAUACUUGUUAAGGAUCGAAAUGAGCCUACCCUCGGCCUUAAGCUCAAUGGAACUCUUGCUCUUAGGCUUCCUUCUAUGUGUCAUACUGUUUCGAGUUCCUUGGACUGCAUAGGUCUCCUUAAGUUGAACCCUAAAUCUCCUGAAGCUCGGAUUUUCAUUGAAUCGGCCAAUAUUACUGGAGCUGAUGCUACUGGUAAGGAUCCCACAAGUUACAGCUCCAAUGGCGGAAAGCUGAAUAUAUGGCGUAAAAUGAUGAUAUUUGACGCAUUUUUUCUUACGUGUUUCUUUUCGAUGUUUUUAUUCAAUCUGUAGCCGAGUACUUAAGCUAUUCCAAUCUCUGAAUGUUGUAUUGUUGUGUUUAUAUACGUUUCCCUGUUAAAGUAAACUAUUGUACUCAAUAUUAUUGACACAACUAAUUAUGAAUUUGUAAUAGUUAAUAAGAUACCUAACAUAUUUAACUGAGGAAGGCUUGAUUUACUUGGUAAGAUUUUUACCUCAUAUUUUGUUUAA